AUGAAACGCAAUGCCAAUCAGUGUAACGUGUGCAAAAAACAGUUCAUCAACUUGAAGUCUUUCAAGAAGCACUUGAGAAUGCACAUCGAAGACCGUCCCUUCAAAUGCAAACUGUGUCCUCGAGGAUUCACCGAAGAAAAUUAUUUGAAUAAUCAUAUGCGCACCCACGUCCCGGAAGAAGAAAAACCUCACGAGUGUGAAAUUUGUAAAAGAAGAUUCAUCCACAUCACGUUGCUGAACAAACAUAUGUUGAAGCACAGUGGCGAAAAACCAUUCGUUUGUAAAAUAUGCAACAAGGGAUGUUACGCCGAAAAUAGCCUGUUGAAGCAUAUGAAAAUUCACGAGAAAAAAGAAGGUGAUCCUGGACUACUGAAACACAUCUGUGAUUAUUGUAAAACGGAGUUUCCCGAUUCUCAGAGUUUAUCGAUCCAUAUCAAACAGCAUACUGGCGAUAGACCUUUUGUGUGUAAUAUUUGCGGGAAAUCCUUCCCACAGAGGUUCAAUCUCGAGUUACAUUUGAGGACGCAUACAG